UGAGUUGCGGAAAUCCAAAAGUCUGAAAAUCAAUGACGUCGUUGUAUCGUGUUAUCUGAAGGCUUGAGUGACCUCUGGUGGUUCUGUUGAAAACAAUGGAAAUGACUGUGAUGUCCUCGAUUUAAAAUGUAUUCAGUAAUAUUAGCAUACCACCAAUGUUUUUGUUACUAUUAUGGUUAGGGAACUUACCCAUGGCGCAUAUUUUCUUUCUCUCUCAUCAUAUUGGGAAUAGACAAGGGUGAGUAGACUAGUUGGUCUACAACUCCAGCAACAAGUGGGGGGUAAAACGUUAUCUAGUUCAUUUACAGUUAGUAAGGGACGUCGACAUCGAUGGGACGUAGGCGCGGCAAACGUUGACAUCGCAUUUUCACCUGAAGCGCAACGUUCCUAUUGCCUAGGCUGUUUUACGUUGGGAUUUUGAGUUUACGCACCGGUCUGUAUAGCAACCGUCUGCAAAUCCAUCAGUUCACUCUACACCUGGCCAAACUUCUACUAACUUUUUUAUAUUGGCACUGCAGAGAGGCUGUAUAUGAAACGGAUCAACCGGACUCUGGACCAGCGAGGAAGAUACAUCUUUAUCUGCGGCGCCAACUGACCAAUUUGUGCAAGGAGGACGGAGAAAGUAGCGGAGAGGUUUUGAAACCAAGCAAGAUGGAUAAUGGUUUGUGUAUGGAAAACGACGACUCCAACUUUGACCACAGAGAUGUGGGUGUCUGUAAGAAAGGAUGCAGACUUCUCUUGCAGACAGACAUCGCCCAGGGAGACCAUUGCUGUUUAGACGCGCUUCGCAUGCUGAACGAUGCGCUCCAGGAACGGAGCGUUACCUUGGAGCAUGAAGCCCGGAUGCAGCGGCUCAGGUGGGUCAGGAGAGAGCAGUCCCUACUGGCCCAGGUGUCAUCCCUCCAAAGCGAGGCGCAGCUGACUGCUCUGAGAUACCGGCGGAAGUUGCACCAAUACAUGCUGAACAUCAACAACGUAGCCAAACAGGUUAUUGGAUAUUACAAGAGUGACUCGGGAGCUUCUGGAGUCUGCCUGUCCCAGCUACCUGAACAAGGUCCAAAGGAUGCACUGGACGAACUACAGGACCAGGAGGUGCAUGGCCUGGUACCAGAGGGUCGUGUUUCGGAGGACGCAUGGCUCUCGACCUUCGCCUGUCCGGUGUCGCGUGCUGUGAGUCAGCUGGUUGAUUUCGACGGUGCAGCUGAAAGUCUUCACUCUGGCCUCACACAGAGGAUGACACGAGUGACCCAGAUGUCAGGUACUCUGAGGCCGAGCGCCCUCCACCCAAUGACUGGAGCAACCACACCAUUAUACCACUCGCUCAAACAGCAAGGGAGACCUCUGCGCUCUUCACACCGUAAUGAGUGCAGCCUGGAGCCUGCCUCUCCACUGAACGCGGGUGGCAUAGAACAGAUCAGAGCUCAACACUCAUGGCUGCAGAAUCUGGUGAAGAAGUCUAAUACCAUCGCACAGUUCAAAGCCAUAACAUGCUGUGAGCAAUGA